UGGCCCGGACGUGGCACUCUGCAGUUACAGCGCCGUGUGGACGUCGCCCCGGAUCACUGUGAAGCUACCGCACGUCGCGUCUGCUGUGGCUCAUAUCGGUUGCUUUUUCCCCCCUCUCCACCCUCGGCUAAACAUGGGGCUCACCAUCUCGUCGAUCUUCAGCCAGUUGUUUGGCAAAAAGCAAAUGAGGAUUUUGAUGGUUGGGCUGGAUGCUGCCGGAAAGACAACCAUCUUGUACAAAUUGAAGCUUGGUGAAAUCGUAACCACCAUCCCAACCAUUGGUUUCAAUGUGGAGACAGUAGAAUAUAAAAAUAUCAGUUUCACUGUAUGGGAUGUGGGUGGCCAGGACAAGAUUAGACCCCUCUGGAGACAUUACUUCCAAAACACACAGGGCCUCAUCUUUGUAGUGGACAGUAAUGACAGAGAAAGAGUGGCAGAGUCUUCCGAAGAGCUCUCAAAGAUGUUGAUGGAGGAUGAGUUGAAAGACGCAGUUUUGCUGGUGUUUGCUAAUAAACAGGACCUUCCCAAUGCCUUAUCAGUCAGUGAACUCACAGACAAACUCGGCCUACACGCCCUCCGCAACAAAACUUGGCACAUUCAGUCAACCUGCGCCACCCAGGGCACUGGGCUCUACGAAGGACUUGACUGGCUAUCCAAAGAGUUGUCCAAGAACUAAUGAAGGAACAGCUGGACAGAUGCGAGAGCGAGAGAGACUGAACACCACAUCACAGGAGAAGGCACAGACAUUCGAUCCAUCAACAUUUGGUCUUCCACCACCAAUGUUCACAAAAAAGGACAAGGCUGGUGGACUAUAUAAUCAUCUGUGGGGAAUUUUUAAUAUCUCAUAUUUUUUCUUUUAUUAUCAAUAUUCUUAGUAUAUUAUCUCUUGACAUAGUCUCUAUUUUCCUCCUUUUGUUUCCAAACUCUUACAUGGCAACAGGUUGUAUUUACACAUUCAGUUGCGUGAUGAGCAAAUGGCCAGUUGGGGAAUUUUCAUGGAAACAAGCAAUAGAGUGACAGGAGUUGUUUUUCCACUUCACACAUUGGCUCCUGUCUAGUCAGUGUUUGCUUUAAUGAACCACUUCUAUAAUUGUUGGACUUACUUAUUGUUGAGCCUAGGUUGGGGAAUAUGAUAGUGUAAUCCUAGAGCUUUGGUGAAGGAUAACUUGUUGGGAGCCGUACGUUGUUCACCUCCACAGCCCUUUGUGGAUAUGUGACUCCCUUGCAGACCCUUUGCUCUUCAUUGCUAUGUCCUCAAUCUCAUACCAACUCAUUUCUGUAAAGGCCUGUCGCCCAUAGAAUGAGAUGGAUGAGGAUUGCGGUGAUUUCACAGGUAGCUUUUGUUGGUAGUGUGGAACCACGUUGCCUCCCAGUAAAUGGAUCUAAAAAGGAACAUUGUGCCUAAUGGUCCCUCUUUACACAAAUCUGAGUAACCCUUUCUGUAUCUCAUACUUACACCAUGCUCCCUCUUAAAAUGCUUUAGUGACUCUUGCCUUAUGAAAGACAAAAUAAUGCAAUAAGACACUUCCUCCUUGUGUGCAAAGUGUAUGUGUUGGUGGU